CUAGAAAUGGCUGCCGCAUGAAAAAAACGUUUUCGUUGUGCAAAACCGGAAAAAUUUUGUGAAUUGCGGCUGAAGAAACGUAGUAAAAGUGAAAAUUAGGAAAAGUGCAGCGGAACGAUGUCCAUUCCGCCGUACAUGAUACCGCAGAACGCCUGGGCCGCCCAGCUGAUGGCCCAGCAGGCUUACGCGGCGGCCCACGCUCAGCAGGCGCAGUUGCACGCGCAGCAGCAGAUGGCCAACCAGAUACAGCAGAUACCGCCGCCGGGUGCUCCUCUACCCCCGCCCGGUGGGCAUGCCAACGGCAUUCCCACCCCGGCAGGACAGGGCCAGGGUCCCGGGCUGGGUCAGAUUCCCACACCAAAGCCAGACAUCCUCACCGAGGAGAAGAUGCAGGAGAAGGCGCUAAAGUGGCAGCAUUUGCAGUCGAAGCGGUUUGCCGAGAAGCGAAAGUUUGGCUUUGUGGAUACCCAGAAGGAGGACAUGCCGCCGGAGCACAUCAGGAAGAUUAUACGCGACCAUGGAGACAUGACCUCGCGCAAAUACCGCCACGACAAGCGUGUGUAUCUGGGCGCCUUGAAGUACAUGCCGCAUGCGGUGCUCAAGCUGCUGGAGAACAUGCCCAUGCCCUGGGAGCAGAUCAGGGAUGUCCAGGUGCUGUAUCACAUCACGGGGGCCAUUACCUUUGUGAACGAGAUUCCCUGGGUCAUUGAGCCCGUCUACAUAGCUCAGUGGGGAACCAUGUGGAUCAUGAUGCGUCGUGAGAAGCGUGAUCGUCGUCACUUCAAGCGUAUGCGUUUUCCGCCCUUUGACGAUGAGGAGCCUCCUUUAGACUAUGCAGACAACGUGCUGGAUGUGGAGCCCCUGGAGGCCAUACAAAUAGAGCUGGACAACGAUGAAGAUAAUGCCGUGUACAAAUGGUUUUAUGAUCAUCGUCCACUGGUGGAUACGCCUUUUGUGAAUGGGUCUACCUACCGCAAGUGGAAUCUAUCCCUGCCCCAGCUGGCCACGCUUUAUAGGCUGGCAAAUCAACUGCUCACGGACCUGGUGGACAACAACUUUUUCUAUCUGUUUGACCCAAAGAGUUUCUUCACCGCCAAGGCCUUGAAUAUGGCCAUACCUGGUGGUCCCAAGUUUGAGCCACUUAUAAAAGACCACAAUGUGGGAGACGAGGACUGGAACGAGUUUAAUGACAUCAAUAAGGUCAUCAUUCGGCAGCCUAUCCGCACGGAGUAUCGCAUUGCCUUUCCCUACCUGUACAACAACAUGCCGCACUUUGUGCACCUGAGCUGGUAUCACACUCCCAACGUGGUCUACAUCAAGACCGAAGAUCCCGAUUUGCCCGCCUUUUACUUUGACCCGCUCAUCAAUCCCAUUUCGCAUCGCAAUGCCAACUCCAAGGUGCAGGAGCCCCUGCCGGAUGAUGAUGAGGAGUUCACGCUGCCGGACGAUGUUCAACCCUUCCUGCAGGACACACCUCUGUACACUGACAACACCGCCAAUGGCAUUUCCCUGCUGUGGGCUCCGCGUCCCUUUAACAUGCGCUCGGGUCGCUCGCGCCGAGCCAUCGAUGUACCGCUGGUCAAAUGCUGGUACAAGGAGCACUGUCCGCCCGGUCAUCCGGUCAAGGUGCGCGUGAGCUAUCAAAAGCUGCUCAAGUACUAUGUCUUGAAUGCCCUGAAGCAUCGCAAGCCCAAGCCGCAAAAGAAACGCUACCUCUUCCGUUCGUUCAAGGCCACCAAGUUCUUCCAGACCACCACCCUGGACUGGGUGGAGGCUGGUCUGCAGGUUUGCCGUCAGGGAUACAACAUGCUUAACCUCCUGAUUCACCGAAAGAAUCUGAACUAUUUGCAUUUGGAUUACAACUUCAAUUUGAAGCCCGUGAAGACCUUGACCACCAAGGAGCGUAAAAAGUCACGUUUCGGAAAUGCAUUCCACUUGUGCCGUGAGAUCUUGCGCUUAACCAAGCUAAUCAUUGACUCGCACGUUCAAUAUCGGCUGAACAAUGUGGACGCCUUCCAGUUGGCCGACGGACUGCAGUACAUCUUCGCCCAUGUGGGUCAGCUGACGGGCAUGUAUCGCUACAAGUACAAGCUGAUGAGGCAGAUUCGGAUGUGCAAGGAUCUGAAGCAUCUGAUUUACUAUCGCUUCAACACCGGACCUGUUGGCAAGGGUCCUGGCUGUGGUUUCUGGGCGCCCGGUUGGCGAGUGUGGCUCUUCUUUAUGCGCGGCAUCACUCCCCUGCUGGAACGCUGGCUGGGCAAUCUGCUGUCGCGUCAGUUCGAGGGACGACACUCCAAGGGCGUGGCCAAGACGGUGACCAAGCAGCGCGUUGAGUCUCACUUUGAUCUUGAGCUGCGUGCCUCCGUAAUGCACGAUAUCGUGGACAUGAUGCCCGAGGGCAUCAAACAGAACAAGGCACGCACCAUUCUGCAGCAUCUGUCGGAGGCCUGGCGCUGCUGGAAGGCCAACAUACCGUGGAAGGUGCCGGGUCUGCCCAUACCCAUUGAGAAUAUGAUCCUGCGUUACGUAAAGAUGAAGGCUGACUGGUGGACAAACACGGCUCACUAUAAUCGGGAGCGUAUUCGACGUGGCGCCACCGUGGACAAGACGGUGUGCAAGAAGAAUCUGGGGCGAUUGACGCGCCUGUAUCUGAAGGCGGAGCAGGAGAGGCAGCAUAAUUACCUCAAGGAUGGCCCGUACAUUUCCCCGGAGGAAGCUGUGGCCAUUUAUACCACCACAGUCCAUUGGCUGGAGUCGCGUCGCUUUGCGCCCAUUCCUUUCCCUCCGCUCUCCUAUAAGCAUGACACCAAGCUGUUAAUUCUGGCUUUGGAGCGCUUGAAGGAGGCCUACAGUGUCAAGUCCCGCUUGAACCAAAGCCAGCGCGAGGAGCUGGGUCUCAUCGAGCAGGCCUACGACAAUCCCCACGAGGCCUUGUCCCGCAUCAAGCGUCAUUUGCUUACGCAGCGAGCCUUCAAAGAGGUUGGCAUCGAGUUCAUGGACUUGUACAGUCAUCUGAUCCCCGUCUAUGAGGUGGAGCCGCUGGAGAAGAUCACGGACGCCUAUCUGGACCAGUAUCUGUGGUAUGAGGCCGACAAGCGACGUCUGUUCCCGCCCUGGAUUAAGCCCAGCGAUACAGAGCCACCGCCACUGCUGGCCUACAAGUGGUGUCAGGGCAUCAACAACCUGCAGGAGGUGUGGGAUGUGGGUGAGGGCGAGUGCAAUGUCCUGCUUGAAUCGCGAUUCGAAAAGCUCUACGAAAAGAUUGAUUUGACGCUGCUCAAUCGUCUCUUACGUCUCAUUGUGGAUCACAAUAUCGCCGAUUAUAUGACGGCCAAAAACAAUGUGGUGAUCAACUACAAGGACAUGAACCACACCAACAGCUAUGGCAUCAUUCGCGGUCUGCAGUUCUCCUCGUUCAUCACGCAGUACUAUGGCCUGGUGUUGGAUCUCCUGGUCUUGGGCCUGCACCGAUCCAGCGAGAUGGCGGGGCCGCCUCAAAUGCCCAACGAUUUUCUUACUUUCCAGGAUGCGGUCACCGAAACGGCACAUCCGAUUCGCCUGUACUGCCGCUACGUCGACCGCAUCCACUUGUUCUUUAGAUUCUCAGCGGAGGAGGCACGCGAUCUUAUACAGCGCUACCUCACCGAGCAUCCGGAUCCGAACAACGAGAAUAUUGUGGGUUAUAACAACAAGAAGUGCUGGCCGAGAGAUGCUCGCAUGCGUUUGAUGAAGCACGAUGUCAAUCUAGGUCGCGCUGUCUUCUGGGAUAUCAAGAACCGUCUGCCGCGCUCUGUCACCACCAUAGGUUGGGAGAGCACAUUUGUGUCUGUGUAUUCCAAGGAUAAUCCCAAUCUGCUGUUCAACAUGAGCGGCUUUGAGUGCCGCAUUUUGCCAAAGUGUCGCACUCAAAACGAGGAGUUUACGCAUCGUGACGGCGUGUGGAACUUGCAGAAUGAGAUAACCAAGGAGCGAACUGCUCAGUGUUUCCUACGUGUGGAUGACGAGUCCCUGGGACGCUUCCACAAUCGAGUGAGACAGAUACUGAUGGCCUCCGGAUCCACAACCUUUACGAAGAUUGUAAACAAAUGGAAUACUGCUUUAAUUGGCUUGAUGACCUAUUUCCGCGAGGCUGUGGUCAAUACCCAAGAGCUGCUCGAUCUUUUGGUCAAGUGCGAGAACAAGAUCCAGACGCGCAUCAAGAUUGGUUUGAACUCCAAGAUGCCCUCGCGUUUCCCGCCCGUGGUGUUCUACACACCCAAGGAGUUGGGCGGUCUGGGCAUGCUGAGCAUGGGCCACGUCCUGAUUCCGCAAUCGGAUCUGCGCUGGUCCAAGCAAACCGAUGUGGGCAUCACCCACUUCCGAUCAGGCAUGUCCCACGAUGAGGAUCAACUCAUACCCAACUUGUAUCGCUAUAUCCAGCCGUGGGAGAGCGAGUUCAUCGACUCGCAGCGUGUGUGGGCCGAGUAUGCCUUGAAGCGCCAGGAGGCGAAUGCCCAGAACCGACGACUGACGCUUGAGGAUUUGGAGGACAGCUGGGAUCGUGGUAUUCCCCGCAUCAAUACGCUCUUCCAGAAGGACCGACACACUCUGGCCUACGACAAGGGCUGGCGCAUCCGGACCGAGUUCAAGCAGUACCAGGUGCUGAAGCAGAAUCCCUUCUGGUGGACGCAUCAGCGGCACGACGGCAAGCUGUGGAACCUGAACAACUACCGCACGGACAUGAUUCAGGCCUUAGGCGGAGUGGAGGGCAUUCUGGAGCACACACUCUUCAAGGGCACCUACUUCCCCACCUGGGAGGGUCUGUUCUGGGAGAAGGCCUCCGGCUUCGAGGAGUCUAUGAAGUACAAAAAGCUGACCAAUGCCCAGCGAUCCGGUCUCAACCAGAUUCCGAACCGUCGCUUCACCCUGUGGUGGUCGCCGACCAUCAAUCGAGCCAAUGUCUACGUUGGUUUCCAGGUGCAACUGGAUUUGACGGGCAUCUUCAUGCACGGCAAGAUUCCAACGCUGAAGAUCUCCCUGAUCCAGAUCUUCCGUGCCCAUUUGUGGCAGAAGAUCCACGAGUCGAUUGUGAUGGAUUUGUGCCAGGUGUUUGAUCAGGAGCUGGACGCCCUGGAGAUUGAGACGGUGCAGAAGGAGACGAUCCAUCCGCGAAAGUCCUACAAGAUGAACUCGUCGUGCGCGGACAUCCUGCUGUUCCCCGCCUACAAGUGGAACGUGUCACGACCCUCGCUGCUGGCGGAUACCAAGGAUACCAUGGACAACACCACCACCCAGAAGUACUGGCUGGACAUCCAGCUGCGUUGGGGCGACUACGAUUCGCACGAUGUGGAGCGCUAUGCGAGAGCCAAGUUCCUCGACUACACCACGGACAACAUGUCAAUUUAUCCCUCGCCCACGGGCGUGCUGAUAGCCAUUGACCUGGCGUACAAUCUGCACUCUGCGUAUGGCAACUGGUUCCCCGGCUGCAAGACCCUCAUCCAGCAGGCCAUGGCCAAGAUCAUGAAGGCGAAUCCCGCGCUCUAUGUGCUCCGCGAGCGCAUCCGCAAGGCACUGCAGCUAUACUCCUCGGAGCCCACGGAGCCCUACCUGAGUUCCCAGAACUACGGGGAGCUGUUCUCCAACCAGAUCAUCUGGUUCGUGGACGACACCAAUGUGUAUCGCGUGACCAUCCACAAGACAUUCGAGGGAAAUCUGACCACGAAGCCGAUUAAUGGAGCCAUCUUCAUCUUCAACCCGCGAACGGGUCAGCUCUUCCUCAAGAUCAUCCAUACGUCGGUGUGGGCUGGCCAGAAGCGUUUGGGCCAGCUGGCCAAGUGGAAGACGGCCGAGGAGGUGGCGGCCCUGAUUAGGUCGCUGCCCGUGGAGGAGCAGCCCAAGCAGAUCAUUGUCACGCGGAAGGGCAUGUUGGAUCCGCUGGAGGUGCACUUGCUCGACUUCCCCAACAUUGUGAUCAAGGGCUCGGAGCUGCAGCUGCCCUUCCAGGCCUGCCUCAAGGUGGAGAAGUUCGGCGACCUCAUCCUCAAGGCCACCGAGCCCCAGAUGGUGCUGUUCAACCUGUACGACGACUGGCUCAAGACCAUCUCCUCGUACACGGCCUUCAGUCGUCUCAUCCUGAUCCUGCGCGCCCUCCACGUCAAUACGGAGCGAACAAAGAUCAUCCUGAAGCCGGAUAAGACCACCAUCACGGAGGCGCAUCACAUUUGGCCCACGCUGACGGACGAGGAGUGGAUCAAGGUGGAGGUGCAGCUGAAGGACCUCAUUCUGGCCGACUACGGCAAGAAGAACAACGUGAAUGUGGCCUCGCUGACGCAGUCGGAGAUCCGUGACAUCAUUUUGGGUAUGGAGAUUAGUGCUCCGUCGGCUCAGCGCCAACAGAUCGCUGAGAUCGAGAAGCAGACCAAGGAGCAGAACCAACUCACCGCCACCACCACGCGGACCACAAACAAGCACGGCGACGAGAUCAUCACCUCCACCACGUCCAACUACGAGACGCAGACCUUCAGCUCGAAGACGGAGUGGCGAGUGAGGGCGAUCUCCGCCACCAAUCUGCACCUGCGAACGAACCACAUCUACGUGAGCUCCGACGACAUCAAGGAGACCGGCUACACAUACAUUCUGCCCAAGAACAUACUCAAGAAGUUCGUGACGAUCUCCGAUCUGAGGGCGCAGAUCGCCGGCUAUCUGUACGGCGUGAGUCCGCCGGACAACCCGCAGGUGAAAGAGAUCCGCUGCAUCGUGAUGCCACCUCAAUGGGGCACCCACCAGACGAUCAAUCUGCCCAAUGCCCUGCCCACGCAUCAGUACCUCAAGGACAUGGAGCCCCUGGGCUGGAUCCACACGCAGCCCAACGAGCUGCCGCAGCUGUCGCCGCAGGAUAUUACCACGCACGCGAAGAUCAUGCAGGAGAACUCGAACUGGGAUGGCGAGAAGACGAUCGUGAUCACGUGCUCCUUCACGCCCGGUUCCUGCUCACUGACCGCCUACAAGCUGACGCCCUCGGGCUUCGAGUGGGGCUCCAAGAACACGGACAAGGGCAACAAUCCCAAGGGCUACCUGCCGUCCCACUACGAGCGCGUCCAGAUGCUGCUCUCGAACAAAUUCCUCGGCUUCUUCAUGGUGCCGGCCCAGAGCAGUUGGAACUACAACUUUAUGGGCGUGCGCCACGACCCGAACAUGAAGUACGAGCUGCAGCUGGCCAAUCCCAAGGAGUUCUACCACGAACUCCAUCGCACCUCGCAUUUCCUGCUCUUCUCGAACCUCGAAGAUGGCGGUGAUGGCGCUGGAGCGGAUCGCGAGGAUGUGUAUGCGUAGAGUGUUGGGUUUCUACUUCUUCGUUUUCUCGUCGUUUAGGGCAUACAAAAUAUUUUAUGAGCGUGUUUAGAGCCUAGGUACAACAUUUUGUAAUAAAAAAAACCAUUCUUUUUCCACACA